AUGGCGUCGCGCUGGACUUCUCGUCCGCUCUCGAGGCUUCCUAUGAGGCUCCCACGCGCCCCGAGACGGUACAUCGGACCACAACCGAAAGGACUCCACACACCUUUCACUCACCAAAGUCGUCUCGCAAACCCCGGACUUCCUUUUCGCUGCUUUACAACUUCUUUGCGCAGACAUGAGUCAAAUAUCGUGGUGCGCGUUCCACCGAUGGCAGAGUCCAUCACCGAGGGAACCUUGAGCCAAUUCAGCAAAAGCAUCGGAGAUUUCAUUGAGAUGGACGAAGAGUUUGCAACCAUCGAGACAGAUAAAAUUGAUGUUUCCGUGAAUGCGACACAGUCUGGUAUCAUUCAACAGCUGCUCGUCGCCGAGGGCGAUGUGGUGACUGUUGAUCAAGCGAUCGCAGAAAUUCAGCCGGGGGACAAACAUGUCAAAAAUCUGCCCAAGGAAGAUAGCCCAAAGCCAAGUCCUACUAAGGGAGAGGAACAGCACAGCUCGACGCAAACUACUCAACCCUCCAUCCCGUCGUCACCAACAGAGCAUGUAGCAUCUGAGUUACCUAAAGAUACACCGGAGCGAGAGGCAUCAAAGCAUGCGGCUAGUGCGAAAAACAGCGCGCCUUCUCAAACCAGCGAGGUAUCUCAUGCAUUCCAAGGAUAUAUGCCUAGCCGAGCAGAAGAAAAGGUCAAAAUGACUCGAAUCAGAAAGCGCACGGCACAGCGUCUCAAGGAGUCCCAAAACACUGCCGCCUUCUUGACAACAUUCAACGAAGUUGACAUGUCCCGCCUCCUGGAUUUCAGGAAGAAGAACAAGGAAGCAGUGCUAGAAAAGCACGGAGUAAAGCUUGGUAUGAUGGGGUCCAUGGCUCGGGCCUCAGUCCUCGCCCUGAAGGAAAUUCCCGCAGCCAAUGCAUCAAUUGAGAAUGAUGACAUCGUUUACCGCGACUAUAUCGACCUGAGUGUUGCAGCCUCGAUCCCGAAGGGGCUUGUAACCCCCGUGUUGCGCAACAUUGAGUCGAUGAGCAUCUUGCAAAUCGAACAAGGCAUCGCCGAGCUGGUCAAAAAGGCUCGAGAUGGAAAGCUGACUAUGGAUGAUCUGAAUGGUGGAAGCUUUACAAUCAGCAACAGUGGGAUUUGGGGCUCGUUGUUUGGUACACCAAUCAUUAAUCUGCCACAAACUGCAGUAUUGGGUACUUAUGGUAUCCAAGACCGACCGAUUGCAGUCAAUGGUCAGGUUGAGAUCCGCCCGAUGAUGUAUGUUGCGCUGACGUAUGAUCACCGGAUCAUCGACGGGCGCGAGGCUGUAAAGUUCUUGGUUCUCAUCAAGAAUUAUCUUGAAACCCCCGAAACUAUGUUGUUAGAUCUCUAG